AUGCCCGGUGCCCCUGCCCCUAAGGGGAAGUUGCGAUGUCCCAUUUGCUUCGGCAAUCACAGGGGCGAGGAUUGUCGAGAGGCCCAUCGCAUGGUUGCGUUGAUGGGUGCGGCCAAGCAGGCCGUAGAGGCUAGUGCUGCGGCUGCCUCCUCCGCGUCUGCCCCUGGCCCUGGGAAGGGGAAGAAGCGUCCCCGCGAGGGAAGCGAGCCCCCCCGCUCUCAAAAUGCGCCCCCGGCUCCGCAGCAGUGGCCGACCCCUACUGCGGAGCGGUAUAAGGACGUCUCUGCGGAAGAGAUGGACGAGGAGAUUCGUCGCGUGGCCGAAGCAAAGGAUCGGCAUCAAAAGAGGGUCGACAGCCUAAACCGGCGUGUUUUAGCGCUGACGCAGAUUCGGGCCUCCAAGGUUCCUUUGCCGGUGGUCAAGAUGGAGGACGUCUCGGCUUCCGCCUGGGGCUCCUUGGCCUCUUCCUGCGAGGAGAAGAAGGCCCCGGCCAAAUCGCAUUAA